AUGGCUGAUGUUCUUGAGCUCCACGGGGAGAAUGAUUUUGAAGAAGAUACUGAAGGCGAUCGUGAGUUUAUUACGCUUUUUUCUUGCUUGUUAUUCCUUGAAUUUCCUUUAUUUCUUCUGUAAUAAUUUUGACCUAUAUCUGCCAGAUUUAGCGCUAACUUUUAAUGAGCGUCUCGUGCGGGAGUCUCGUUUAUACCUUGCCUUUCCUAAAGUCUAAGAGAUGCCGUGAUUUUUCUCUCUGCACCAACAGUCUACUACUUUAUUCGAAUCCUCGGAUUUAUUGUUCUUCUACCGGACUACAGUUCAAACUUUCGGUUGGAGGUGUCCCUGACAUUCCUACUUGCUCUGGGCGGGGGCGACUACUAUCAACGAAACGGUAUUUUAUUAAGGAACCUGAUUAAAUACCCUAAAGUUGGCGGCUCCUAACACAGGUGUUGAACUAUACGAUGUUUAAAAGACCAAAGAAACCACCCGGCGACAUCGUGCUAGAAGCUGUGUGACGGCGUACUGAAAACUCCUAUUUCUUCGUCGGGUUUGUGGCUAGUUAUCUGAUUGGGUGAGACAUUCGUCGCUGUGGAGGCCUUAGGCACUACACUGCCCACUUCGCGUGUCUCGUCCUCCCUACUAAAUACACGUUCGAUCGUUCUGAACACGCGGCGUAAAAUCGACGUGUGUGCGUCUGUGUGUACUUCGCGUUUGUCUCGGUAUGCAAAGAGGGGUGCGCCUGAUAGGCCCGGACGCAGUGUCGCCCAACUCGAUCGAUUUCAGGCGCAGCACACAGUCGAUGUGUGUGUUUGUCACUGAGGCCCUUGGUGCCACUCGUGAGAACGGACUGAUGUGUAGACCGUGCCUGACAGACACUGACAAGUGCUAACCAAUCACAAAACUAGCCAAAGACUCACCAAAUAUUGUCGCAGGAAAGUCUUGACUCGAACCCCAACCUCUGGAUACCUCCCACUGUGCAUGCGACUGCCGUUCGAAACCGCCUGCUUUGUUGUGUGUUUGAAGCCAGACCUGCAUUAUCGUUCCUGGAAGGUGACUCCACUUUCGUGCUUUGCAAAAAUCGGAUUAUCCUCUCAAAACUAAUAGUACUUCUGCUCAUAGAACUAUUUGCUCCUGUUUAUAUUCUUUUGAAAUGUUCGUUUGGACAGCAACUUGAGACUUGCAUUUUGUGCUUUCUUUCGAUUUUUUUAACGUUUUCGCCCACCCAAACCUGAUUCUAUAACAGCACAAUAUGGGCAAGUAGGCAGCACAGAGCUACCAUCCCUGGACGAGUAGGCCAGCGAACGACUGGCUUAGUUUUUCCACUAAGACGCCAGCUCAAAGCGGAUUAAUUUGCCACAUUUUUGCCGAUCUGGAAAAUUUGCAAAUGGAGUUGAUUACUUCCAGUCACAUUUAACCAACCCUGUCUAAGGACUCGUACCUAUGUUUCUGAACUGGUAUGCUCCACCGGCAGCGCCGAUACCACAUCUCCAUCAAACAUAAUAGUAAACCACUUACAUACAGUAUUUCGGCAAAAAAAUAUUAAACGUUGUGGAAUGAAACCAGUGCAUAAGACGGAUGGUAUUAACAUGCCAGUUUAUCAACUUCAGUGCGCAAGUGUGGACGCACAGUAAGGGUUACGCAAGUAUCUAUUUGGAAUCGUAAUUUCGGUAAAAUAUCUGAGGCCCCAGUGCCGUCGGAACUUAAGACUGCCUUGUUAAUGUUGCAUCUGAAAAACAACGUUUUUCGGGAUCCCAUCUCUAGUUGAAUUCGUACAUACGGUCUCUGGUCAUUACGAUCUGGACCAUUCGUUUAUAAGUAUACCGGUAGUGGCUUACCCACCGAAGCAGAGGGCCUACACCUAAGGACGUUUCUUAGGAACAAUAGGCAGCGUCAUUUCCUGAUAAAGCUUGUGUGCAAAGGACUCUUCGAGCUUAUCAAAUUGUUUCACUGUUUCCGUUGGCGCAGACAAGUGCGACACCAUGGGACCCGAACCAGACAUGGACUUUAAGUAGCAUGCGAGUGAGAAUACCCUGUCUUUACUGCGCUGAAGAGAAAUCCGUACGACUGUGGGAUAUCGAAGGCGAACAAACCUCUUUUUUACUUCUGACAUGGACAGUAUCCCAAAUUUUCCCAAUGGUGGUGAUAGCCGCUUUAAACGAAAAUCGGUUGGCUACUAAAUCCUGAAUAUACUUGAGAAUCUGUGGGGAGGAGGUUUAUUUGUUACACUGGCCGUCGUUGGAUGACGCAGCAGACCGCAGCACAUGCAAACAGUUGGUUAUCUCGUCAAAGUUAGCUCACUUACUACUUACUUACAAGUACAGGUACGUGAGUAAGUUAGAUCCAUGACAAUUUGCCUACGAGUAACCCACUCACCGCAUUACAUGACACAACUACAGUCAUCACUACCGAAAGCACUCCUACCCAUCCUCACGGUGUGCCACGUUCCAGUCCCGGUUUCCCUCGAUUGUACAUAUUUGCACCCACCGAAACAGAAACACCACCAGGACAGAAAGUACACCCAGCCCCACCGGCGAUGCUGUGGCAGCCCUAACUUGUCCUCAUUGUGGCCCCACAACCCAAUUACACAUGGGCCUGGUUGGUCAUCUGCGAACUCAUCGUAGCGUGAUUGUAAAACUAGUUCCGAAGUCCCGGAUAACUCCCGUCACGCACGUCUUUUCUGUCCACACUGUCUCAGUUCAUUCAGACAUUGCGUGGACCUACUCGACCUUAUUCAUGUGCACAACCCACAUUUACUGUGCACCACUACAUUACACACAUAGGCUGUGCGUGAGUCUAGUCCACGCACGCAUACACGGCAGCAGCUGGCAAAAACAGCAUUCAUCGCCCAUGCAAUAGCACCGUUUUGGCCGACAAACGAAUGUGACCACGUUUACGUUUCUUUUCUACAUGUUUGCGAAAUCCAGCAGUGUGCGCUGAAGGAACAAGUCGUGUGUGGCACGUGCUGACCCGGACCUUAACGCCACGUAAACCGCUGCGUUCAGUUCCACCCCCAGUCGACUGAUUUAGACGGAGCGCUGGUGCAUUGAGGAGGGAAUAUGGAGUGAGGCCGAUCUUGAGGCAUCCUUCAUCAUGGCAAAUCAGUGCGCUUUUCAUUACAAAGGUAUCUGACGCGCUUAACCCCAGGACGGCACGCUGCAGUAGUGGCUUAAAGGGUUACCAAAUUAUGGGGUUAUUCAGUCUUUCACAGAACUCAGGUUCAUAAAACAGGGACUCUACCGUAAUGUGGCUUUUAUGGCACUCGCCUAUGAGGCCGGAUACGCUGGCAGUUGGGGGCUACGCCUAGGCGGGCUGUUUGGCUGUCGUUCAUUGUGCCCUCACCCACCUCCGGCCAUCUCGACUUUGUCUUGCCAUCAAAAGGCGAUGGGUAUGUUAAGGGGGGAGAGCGAGGUAUAUCCAGCGCAUGUGCUUCAUUAUGAGAAAAUUAGCGCGCGGGUCACGACUGUGCUGAUCACGUUAACCGGGGUUAAACCUCAUCACUUGCGAGUGGCCACUCCGACUGGCCAUUCUAGGAGCAAGUGGAGGACAUGUGAGAGCAUCCAUCUGCGCCCUUCUCGCUGGUCUGAAUCCACGUUCAACGGUUCUGCCAUAUCGUUUACUGCAGUAUCCAGCUUCGAACUUGAAAGUCUGGGAAACCUAGUCGAGGGUAUGAGUUAUAAUCAGUGAGAUCAUAUUAGUAGCAGGUAGAAUAUGCGGACUACUUUUCCGGAUUUAAGUGCUAGGCGUUAGGAAGCCCAUCGGUGAUGGGGAAACAAUCAGCGGCCGCAAGAGAAGUCGCAAGUGCUGUUAAGUGUACGCAUACGACUGCCCACGUCGUAAAUACUAGUUGACAUUGUCGCUUGUGACGGCUGAACUGUCAGUUGGUCAUCAGCCGAAUUAAGUCUUGUCUGGAGUGCAGGUGUGCUACUACAGCGAACUUACGCCGCGCCUGCACCCGAUCCCGCCUCGGGUCAUCUUGACUUUGUCAUGACAACGGGCCUAGGUGGGUGAGGGAGGGAGGAGAGAGCGCGGUAGGUGCAUUGAAAGUUCGCUAUCACUUUAGUUCACGCGCAGUUCACUGUCCCUGCGCUCUUCAUGCUGCGGGGCACACGGUGGAUUAACGGUCAAACUGUCAUGUGUUUUGAAUGAGCGAGAGUAAGGGCUCCCGGCCACCGUUGUCUGGAAACGGUCCUUUGGGUUACAUAUACUAACUUCGUUUUAGAUGCAGGAGUUUGCUCUCUGCGACAACACUGUGGAUUUCCUGGCGAUAGUUAGGGUAUUUUUAAUAUUUUCAUCGCCCUUUAACCUCAUCCCCCUUACUUGUUUUGUCAGGACGUCGAGUGAGUUUUUUACCCCUUUGGAGGAGAAUAUGUGUCGCAUUCUCAAGACGCGACACCGCAAGGCACCACUCACAGAAACACAUCCUUCGGAUGUUAUUGAUGUCGCCUAAUCUGUCACGACCGCAAUCAUAUCAAUUCCUUCUACUCCCCCAACUUCCGUCUAAAUUUGCCCCCGUGAUUCUUGUUGAUCGUAUUGACAGGCUGUUUUUUUCGAGUUUCUCAGUUGUCUGAAACGUUACAAGCACUCACCGCUUCGGAGAUUGGACUUCUUAAUUUGGUGUCUGAAACAUGAAUUCCCGUUUCAUCCUCGUUCAUGACAUGGUGCGACAGACGCCAGCCGGGGAAGACGUCGUGUAGUUUAUCACCUGCGGUCACAGUUGCCUUCGUCGGAAUAUUCGCGCUCCUCAUGACAGGUAUACGUAGCAAUUGAAGAGUCCAAAUGCUAGUUGGCUUACAUUUAUGUUAUACGCACGUCGGCUCGUGCUUGCGUGUCAGAGCCCACGUUAGCAGUAGGUGUUAGGCUUCCACAAUUUGCCUGCCACUUCCUUGAGGUGCAGCUUAGUUGUGGCCGAAUUGUUUUCCCCUGUUUGUGCACCACGGCUUCAGAGAACUGCUCAGUUCAUGCUAUUGUAUGCGAAGGCAUCUUGCUUCCCCGUGGGUGGAAUAUUCACCACAAGGCUUCCUGUCUGUUGCUGUCUAUCCUCGCAGGCAGGUUGCUGGGGUUUUUUCGCCUCACAUUAAUUCACUGUUGGAUUUUUCAUCCGUGAGUUAAUCAGCAACUUAGUCUGUGACUACUCCCCUUCUCGGUGUCCUCUUGGCAAACAGUUGUAUGUUUCAUUGCCGUCGCUGCGUCUGCCGACUUAAUUCCCUCCUUUGGUGUCUGUCUUCUGAUUGGCGGUUCGCUGAUGCGCAAAGUAGUUUGACCGUCAGCUCCGACGAUGUCCACUUUGUGCCCCGCAACACUGCGAACGCAGGGGCGAUGAUUUCGCGCGAGUUAGUUUAGGGAUAGUAGAUUCACACGGCAUCUACGGCACUCUCACCCAGCUAGGCCUGGUGUCCAGGCAAAGGCAAAAAGACCAGGGGCGAAAUCGGGGGGGGCAGGUGACUGGCGCGGUGCGAGCCUGCACCUAGGUGUGCCAACGCCCCUCUCCCCAUGUGUGGCAUUUGUUAUAGGUGAGCAUCCCCAAUAGUGCCUGGCGUGCUUUGAUUUUGCCCCGCGUUGGUCCAACACAUUUACCGCGUGCCCCUUCGUAGGAGGCCACGCCGCUGCACCCUCCGCCUUUAUACCCCCCCCCUUGGUGCCUGUUUACCGAUUGGCGGUUCGUUUAUGCACGCACACGCACACAGUGCCUUCCCACGCCUUGUCCUCACAAUCCUAACACUUAUUCCCUUACCCUUGUAGAUGGUCUAUUGAAACUGAAGGAGAAGGCAACAAAAAGAAAGGGUCGAGGCUUCACGGCAGGUGAUUGACUUUUCCUCUGUUUCACUCCGCUCUGUCAGAUACCGUCCCAAGGUCACAGCAAGACGACGAAUUUGAGUCCAUCCAACAGGACGACAACGAGGCCGCAAAUGGCCCACAACGCUGUAGGCCGUUUCACAUUUCCUGAGUGCUGUUUCUUUAGCCAUAGAGGGCUGGAUCGUGUUUUUACGCAAUGUGCACGAGGAGGCCACUGAGGACGACAUUAGGGAUAAGUUCUGUGAGUACGGCGACAUUAAGAAUGUUCACCUGAACCUCGACCGAAGAACAGGUUACCUGAAGGUAGGCGAUUGAGCAUCCGACCCUUCCUUACCUCACCACCGUUUAUUAGGGCUAUGCCUUGGUGGAGUAUGAGACCUUCAAAGAGGCACACGCAGCGCUGACGAACUUGAAUGGCAGUGAGCUCAAUGGCCAGGCUAUCCAGGUGGACUGGGCUUUUGUCAAGGGUGGCGCUAACCCACGGAAAGAAACUGGUGGAAGCAGUCGCCGACACCGUAGAGCGCGGUCACGCAGCCGAAGUCGGUCCCGGGACCGGGCCAGACGCUGA